AUGCAUCAAUCGUGGAAAACGAUUAGCCUCUUGUCGCUCUUUUCUACGGCGGCUUUGGCCGACCAUCUAGGCCCGACAUAUCCAGCACCGAUUGACUUUUCGAGCAAGCACAGCAAAAUUCCAGCCGCAUGGAAGAACCUGACAACCCUCUUCGACGGUUAUUUGAAACAUCAUGUCAAUAAUUCGCUGACGGCACCGUUGGCCGGCGUGGAAAACAUCACUUUUUCUACCUCGCUAUUUUCUAUUCAUGACCCGCGCGCCACAGAACUUCAGUAUCACUACACCAGUCCCGAAAUCGCAACCUCCAAAAAUGGCACCAACAAGGUCGAUGCCAAUAGUAUCUACCGCAUAGCGAGCGUCAGUAAGCUGUUUACUGUCUACACCGGCAUGGUCACCCUGACCGAGGAAGAAUGGCACACACCACUCACUAAGCUCAACCCUGCCCUCGCCAAAUACGCAGCAGUAGCGGACGAGGAUCCUACAUGGCUCAUUCAAUUUGACAAGAUCACCCCCUGGGCUCUGGCAUCUCAAAGUUCCGGUAUUCCAACUCAGGGCGGCCCCUUGAAUGAUAUUCUAUGGGCGUUUCUCACGCAACAAAGCACUGUCAACCCUGUUACAGAGUAUGGAUUUCCCCCGGAAAAUAUUUCUAGCCUAGGACCUUGCUACGGUGGACUGGUGGAAGCCAUUGCGGAGUGCCACGAUUCCACUUUUGUCGAAUCGAAUGCCCUUCGACCCCCUGCCUUUCUACCUUGGUCGACCCCGAUGUACGCUGAUAACAAUUACGAGGUUCUCGGGGCCCUGCUGUCUAAUAUUACUGGCAAGCCGCUCGCGGAUGUCUACGAAAGCGCUCUAUUUAGCCCGCUGAACCUAACCUCGACCUUCUACUCCCCGCCAACAAAGAAGGCCGACCAAGCUCGUUCUGUCGUCGCUGGUAUUCCAGAAGUUGGAUUCUACCUGGAUAUCCCAUAUACCACCCCGUCUGGUGGUCUGCUAUCAACCCUUACCGAUUUGACUAAGUUUGCUACCUCCAUUUUGAACAAUACACUGCUAUCCGCUAGCGUAACACGCAAAUGGAUGAAGCCUCAAACGCACACAGCCAGCCUCAGUUACUCUAUUGGUGCCCCCUGGGAGAUUGUUCGCUACGUCAGCCCGACCACUGGCAAGGUGACUGACAUCUAUACGAAAUUGGGCGAUUCCGGCAACUAUGGUUCCAUUACAGCCCUGAUUCCAGACUACGACGCUGGCUUCACCCUUCUAGCAGCAUGCUCAAAUGUUGCAGUGCGUAGCUUGCAGACCAACGUGAUCCUUGACUAUAUCACGUCGGCUGUACUACCAGCCUUGGAGGCCCAAGCUGCUUUGGAGGCUGCGCAAAACUAUGUGGGCACCUAUCGCUCCACACAGCCCAAGGUCAACUCAUCUAUAACCAUCGGCAUUGACGAAUCCUCAGUGCCCACCAACAACUUUGGCUUGAGUCUUACAGAAUGGAUCUCCAACGGAACAGACGUCUUGGCCUCGGAUCUUUUCAGCGGCGCAAAGCCUCGGCUUUUGUUGAGCAUUCCAAAGCAGACACCGCAGGGCGAGAGUGGUGCGGUUGCCUUCCAGGCCAGUACGUUUGCGCAGACGUAUAGCUACCUCACACCCGGUGCAGCAAAACGGGGUACUGUCGGCCCGUUCUCGGGCCAGUAUCUGACCAAUUUGGACUUUUGGAGUGUCGACGGUGAUUACUAUGGUGGCAACGGUUAUCGCGAGUUUGUCUUUGCUGUCAAUGGGGAUGGGAAAGCCGAGUCUGUUACCCCUGUAGCGACGAGGUCCAGGUUGGAGAAGAAAUAG